AUGGAGUCCGUUCGUCAAAACAUCAAGCAAUCCAUUGCCGGCAUCGGCAAGGAUAAGCAUCCCAAGGAGGUCGCGGUGAACGUCAACGAGAUGGAAGUCUCGGACGGGGAGAGCGAAAGCACGACUGUCGCAUCCAACCAAACUUCACAGGACGACGUCGAUAACAAGAGCAGCCUAACAAUCACUGCAAACAACGCCAACACUUCCAAGUUAACCGUCGUGACCAAGCUUCACGACUACGAGCGAUUGACCAAAAUAACACGGACUGUCAGGAAGCUGAUAGUUCGAUUCGAUGACUAUGAUGAUGAGUUCGUCAAUGAUAUGGACAUCAGGAGUUAUCUCCAGUACAUCUCCGAUGAGCGUCUCAUCCACAUGCCUCGCCGAGGCAGCGACUGGGAUCGCGUUCUCAGCACAGCCCAGUUCUUCGGUCUCCAGAUCACCACAUUUGCGAGCAAGAUUGAGUCCUUCGCAUCUGGCGCUCAUUCGUCGGCAUCCGCUGCUUUAGCCAGUUGCCAAGUGCUUCUUGAGAUUGGCCACAACCAAGCCAAAGCGCUCAUGCCCACUUUCAUCGCUUUCUAUGAGUUGGCAAUGCUGCUUUCUACUGUCUCUCGCAUUCACGACCUUGAAUACAUGUCCACUUCCAUCAAAGAGUCCGCUGCCCACAUUCUUUGCGAGCUCGUUCAUCUCGUCGGUCGCAUUGCCAGCCACUACAAGCAGAAGAUUGACAGCCUGAGACCCAAUGAGAGCAUCACCAUCAGCUUUGAUGCAGCCUUUGGUCAGCUCAUCGACUCCAUCUGGAAGGCCAAGGAUGAUUUAUGCGACCGUGUCUGGCGGUACAGCCUUGGUCACAAGUCCUUCUCCAUCAGCCUCAAGUCUGUCCGCCAGCGCCUUGAACCCUCUUCUGGGUCUUCGGUCAGAAACACUCUCUAUGAUGAGGUCAACGAGCAUCUAGAUCGCUCUGAAGACACUUGUCACUGGAUCAAGGGCCAAUUGAGCAGCUUCCUCAACGGCAAGGACAAGUCUCUCAACCUUUGGGGCGAAGCUGGUGUUGGUAAGAGUGUUCUUGCCGAGUGGGUUCAAGAGAGACUUGCGCGUCCUUACGACUACAGGUCCUACACUGUUCUUUCAUACAACUUCCCUUGGGACUCACCCAAGGAGGCCACGUCAUUGGCUUGUGCCAAGAGCUUCGUCUACCAGCUUCUUGAGCGAAGUGUUGGCGACGUCGAGCUCUAUGGGCGCCUCGUUCAAGCCUUUGAGGUCUACUCCAAGACUUCUGAUGCUGGCAAGCUUGAGGCAACCAUUUGGGAUACCUUGCGCACUGGCAUUCUCUCUGCCGAGAGUCAAAGCUCAUCAUUCAUUCUCUUGACCGAUGGAUGCGACGAGAUGCUUGGCGGUGCUAAGGGCGCCGUCGGCUUCCACAAGCUCCUAUCGGACUGCAUCGCAGAUUGUUCAAGAACCCGUGUCAUCACCUUUUCACGAAGACUUGAUGGUCUCAAGGAUUGCAGCAAGAUCUUCCAGAUCAAGCAACAGCAGGUCCAAGAAGACAUUCGGGCUCACCUCAAGCAGGUGCUUUCCAACUCACGCCACUACCAUGAAGUUAUUCAUCAUGACCGCGAGCAAGUCAUCAAUGACCUUGUCGCCAAGUCAAAGGGCAGCUUCCUUUGGGCCUUUUACGCUGGUCGUCUCUUGGUCCAGGAGCAGUCUUGUGAUGGCUUCCUUGGAAAGGCCAAGAGCAUCAGUGGCGAUGUUAACGACGUCCUUCGACUUAGCCUGGACAGGCUGGACUUGAAGAAGAACGAGAUGGCCAAGUAUCUUCUCUCCUUUAUGCUCGUAACCAACACUCCCUUCUCUGUUCCAGAGAUCGCAGAACUUCUGUGCGUCGAUCUUCAGAAGCGGGCGAUGCUUCCCAGCACCUCAAACGUCUCUAAGUUCGUCACUGAGAAGUGCAGUGAUUUCCUUAUCAUCCGAGGUGGUCGUAUUCACUUCCGCAAUGCUGUUGUCCAAGCAUACUUCAGGGGUCUUCUUGGAAAAUCUCUUCUUUCUGAAAAGGACGCACACUCUCAGUUGACUUUGAGGAUGCUUCUUUACGCGCGAUUGAACCUCGAUGAUGACCAGGAGCUGCUCACUGAUGAGUUGGAUGACUCUUCUGUCGAGAUCAUCUUGAGCAGACAUCAUUUGAUGGGUUAUGUCAUGAGCAACUGGGUUGUGCACUUCCGACAUGCAGGGUUCGUCGCAUCAGACGGCAAGAUCAGCCUACCUCAAGGCUUCCGUGACAUCUUCCCCGAGUCUGUCAUGUUCACUCUGCUUGAGCGACCUUGCUGGGGUAGACACGACGUCCGCCAGGAUACCAUUGAGCUUCAUGAGCUCACUCUGCGUAUUCGUGAGUCCUGCUUCGGAGAGAAGCACGUCUCUGUUCUCCAGAGUCUCAUUGCUCUUGGCCACAUCCACGUCAAGUUCUCCACCUCUUCCGAUGCCCAUGAAUGUGGAGCACGAUACUACUACCGAGCUGCCAAGCUGGGCGAGAUCAUUCUCUCCAAGACCAGCACAUUUGUUGGCUCAUGCACACACCUCUUCCUGACUUGGACCGAGACAAUUGUCAUCACCAAGCGCACAGAGAUUGUGGAAUGCCGAGAGGAGAUGAUUCGUUUCUGGAUUGAGAUCUGCAAGCACAAGCAUGGUAAAUCCAGCGACGAGGUCAUUCACUGGCACGAGAAGCUCGCGAAGCUCUACAUUUGCAUUCACGAGGAGUGGCGUGCUACUAUCGUAUACAAGGAGCUUUACGAGAUUAUUGUCAUCCGCUAUGGCAAGAAGUCCCCUGAGGCUGGUCGCAUUGGUGCUUUCUUUGGCACUCUUGACAUUGUUCUUAAGGGUGAAGAGGCUGAGCGAGGCAUUUGUGAGAUGGAAGAGUUCAUCUUCGAGACCACGGAAGAACUCGACAUCCACUCACACCUCUGCAUUGCUAUGAUGAUCAAGCUCGCCUGGUCUUAUCACUCUUGCGGCAAGUUCUACCUUGCUGAGAGACUCUUCAUCAGCAUUUGGCGCCGCAUUUCAAUCAGUUGCCGACUCAACGCCAGCAUUGAAAUACACAUCGCCAAGAUUCAGAUUGCCAUCGAGUACUGCAAGUACUUGCGAAAGGUCCAUCGCCAUGAGGAAGCCACCACAAUUCUCAUCUGUCUCUGGGCUGAGUAUGAGCACCACAAGUGCGAGACUGAGACUCUAGUCAUUUGGAUCCGAGAACUUGGCACUAUGUGCAGAUCAUUCGGCCUUCUCGAGAUCACUGUCACGAUCCUGACCAAGGUAUGGGGAUGGUUCAAGGGAUGUGGUAAGGGUGAUGAUAAAGAAGCUCGCAAGACCACUGUCCUUAUCACUGAAGUCGUGGAGGAGGUCACUGAGACUACGACUACUACCAAGACGACUACUACCACCACUACUGAGGUUACCGAGACAGUCGUCAAGGAGAUCUAUGAGACGCACUACACCCGUUGCAAGAAGUCUGGCUUCGAUCAUGCAUUCUACUCAGCUUGCAUGGCUCUUAUCGGAAUUUACUUCGAGCAUCACCGCUGGGCCGAGGCCGAGAUGAUCAUCAAGCGAACCCUUGAGAUCACUUGGAAGGCCAUCUUGACCACUGAUGUCACAAUCACUCUCUCUGAGCACUCAGUUAGAGAGUGUGUCCACGUGGCUCGACGUCUUGCAAGAUGUUACCAUCACCAGGGCCACUUCGAGAAGGCUGAGUUCAUCUACCUUCGCAUCUACCGCGCCUGUCUUGCCUCUUGUAACCUUGAGGACGAGCUCUUGUGUGGCUCUAUCACCGUUCUCAUUGAGUUCUAUGAGGAACAUCAUCGUCACGAGAAGGUGAUUGAGAUCUACAUCGAGGUCCUUGAGCGAUACAAGAAGACCCUUGGACACACGCAUCGCUUGACCAUCUGGACUCUUUACCAGUUGGCCCAUCACUGCAAGUUGAUUGGUCACAAAGAUGUGUACAAGUACUAUCUUGAGAUCGUCACCGUCUUGAACAAGGGUAUCAAGCAUUGCCAUCACGAUGCCUUCGAAGCUGCCCUUUUCCUCUGUCGCCACUACCACGGCCGCAGUAUGUGGGUGGAACUCCGAGAGCUCUGUGCCUUCGUUUGGGAGACUGUCUGUCACCAUCGUGGAGAGCACAAGUGGUCCGAGGAGAUCAUCUGUGAGAUCUACGAGAAGUACACCUACGUCCUUGAGGUUCACGUCAAGGUUGAGUUCUCUGUUCUCUACCAGAUCUCCGUCGAGUACAAGGAGGUCAUUGAGAAAACCUGUGGUGGGGAGUCCUAUGCUUACAUCUUGGCCUUGAUUGCGUUCGCUAAGAUGUGCGAGAAGCAUGAGAAGCAUGUCCACGAGUCUGUCACCGUCUACGAAGAGGUGAUCAAGAGGAUCACUACGACCAAGACUGUUACAACCACUGUCGUAGAGACUACUAUCCACACAGUCAAGAAGCGCCUUUCCAAGUUGUACGUUACAAUCAUUACGACGGGCGGUAAGAAGGAAGGUCAUGCCCAUGUUCCCAUGGACCGAGCCAUCCAGAUUUGUGUUGAGACCUAUGAGCAUCUCAAGUUUACUCUUGGAUGCUGGCAUGAGGACACUCUCAAGCAGCUUGAGUACGUUAUUGUGCUGUAUCACAGCUGCAACACGAAGGAGUACCACCUCAAGAUGGUCAAGCUGCUCGAGGUUCACAUCACUGAAGUGAUCACGACAUGCAAGGUGACAACGACUCUGUUCAAGGUCGCCAUCACCAUGGCCUCAAUCUACGUCAAGGUCAGCCUUAUUCAACAGGGCUACGAGGUCCUUCGUCAACUUCGACACCUGAUUGUUUUCCGAGGAUCUAUCCCUUGCAACGACCUCACCAUCAAGCUCGACGUCCAUCUGAGCAAGCUUGUCUUUGUCUUCCUCAGCGCUUUUGAGCAAGGUCUUUGCCCCCAUGACUGCGCAACGACCUACUCUGAGAUUAUGGCCACCAUAAUCUACGAGUCUAUUCUUUACGAGGAGUACUCUCGCGUCGUCGAGGUUGAGACUGAGCUUGAAGUCGUUCUCGAAUGUGGUGCUAAGCUCAGAGGCUUCUGGGUUGAGCACAAGCGCUCUCAGCUUCUCCUUGUUCUUGACAAGAGACUCUUCCAGCUCUUCAAGACCAAGUAUGCAUCCUACUUUAAGGAUGUAGCUGACGAGCAUAUUCGUUUGUUCUAUCUUGCUAUCCUUCACGAGCUCGGCAAGGAUCGUGGUGCUACUAAGAUUGACUUUACUCUUCUCGCUGUGAAGGCUGGUAGUGCUAGAGUCAAGGAACUUCUGCAGGCCAAGGACUGGCACUGUGCAGAGGAGCUUGGUCACUGUGUCUUCCACUUUGCCCAGUCCCAGAAGCUGUACCAUCGCCAAGACUGUGUUCAGUAUGGAUACAAGCUUGCUGAGUACCUGGCAGGCAUUGAUGUACCUCACCCAACCGAUGCCAAGGAUGAGAAGAUCAGAAAUGCCAUGCUCAAGACCUCUCGUGAGAUCAUGUCUGAAGUCCUCGCUGCCUUCAAGCAAUCGAACAUUGACUACCUCUGCUUGCGCUUCGAAGAUGUAUCUGGCCUCAUCAGACUUCUUGGAGCACAGCAGAACUGGGAUGAGCUUGAAAUCUUGCUUCAUCGCCUGUGGAGCGCCCGUGAGAGAUUGCAGAGAUCUGGAUGGUCCCCUACUGCGGUCUUGGACAUUGGCAAGAAGCUUGUGCACGCCCAGUACGCUCGUAAGGACGUGACUUGUGCUAUCGAGACAGCCGAGUUGAUCAGCUACAAUUUGCGCCGCAGUCGUGGACGUCUUGAUGUUGAGACUCUUGAAUUCUCUCGUCUCCUCGCUGCUCUGUAUGCCGACAGUGGCCGCAAGGCUAGCGCCAUGUCCAUCCAUGAGACCAUUCUCCGUGAGAUGAUUUCAUGCAGCAGCGGCAAUGAGUUUGGAGAGGCUUAUCCUGAUCGUCAACGAUUUACCUCUGAAGCGCGCACUCACUUGGAACUUCUCAAGGCUUCGCAUCAUCAACUGCAGGGCUGGGCUAAGCCAGUUGAUGAGUACAAGGAUGUUCAUUCUCGUCUGAACAGCAGUCUUGGUCUAGGACUACCUGCAUUUGACAAGUGGUCUGCUGGCGCGGUUGAUAAAAAUAUCGAAGGAGGAGGCAACUAUGUUGCCCCGAGAGAGUGGAAGUUGGAUGGUGGAGUCAAGACUACGGUUACUCGUAGAAGGAUCAGUCGCGAGAGACCACAUGGUCGAUUGGAUGUGCUCCACACAGCAAGACAAUGGUGGUUGGUAUGGAGCCACGAAGCAAACAAGCAUGUGAGCCAUGCCGAAACUGUGUCUAGGUCGUCGCCGAACACAUCCGCAAGGCCCAUCUCAGUGGACUCAUACGAGAGCGCUACAAGUAUGAGCCCAGAGAUUAUAUCUGAGACAAUACCUGAAGCGACUUUUAGUCCUGAUAACUUCCUUGCACUCACCGUACGACAUAGCAGGCAUGCCUUCUAUCGGGGACAACAAGCUCAAGCUAUCGAAUUCUAUGCUUCUUCCGCCCAACAAACAGUCACCCGUCUUGCUUCGCAGGGUAUCCCGAGGUUGGAAAUUAUCCAAUCUCUUUGCUUGCUUGUCCUGGUUGAUGUCGCGGCCUGUAAGCCAGGGCAGGCAUGGAUGACUAUCGGAACUCUGUCGCGUCUCGAAGCUCUGCGUAAAAUAUCACAGCCCGCACUCAUCGAGUCACUAUCCGAUCUUGAAGCAAGUCUUGGGUGUCAUUGGACUGUGUUUCUCCUAGAGCAGACCUUCACGCCUCUGGAACGCAGUAGCAUUCAGGACGACAAUGAACCAAGGUACCCAACAAGCGCGCCCAUACCUCCAUCAUUACCACCCGUUAGCGACGGCGAAUACCCACCAGAUCUUUUCUCCGAGGAUGCAUCCGAGGAUCUUGGUAUAACAGCUUAUUACGUCAAGAUACUUGGAAUAUGGGGCAACUUAUCAUCGUAUCUUCAUCAAAUUCGAAUUGGUAAGGUCGGAAAUGCAUGGUCUCCUGGAUCAAUGCACUACACAAUUUGCGCUCAGCUUUACGAGUACGACUCAAAGACACCUCAUAUCCAUCUCCUACGAAGUGUGCACUUCACUAAGCGUCAAUCGCAUGAUUUGAUCGAACGCCGCGAGUACUGGAUCCCUUGGGUCCUGCAACAAGUCACGUCCCAUGCAACCAACGCCAUCUUGAACCACCCGUUUAUUCAUCUUGUGGCGAUGCGCGAUGGGAUGAAUGGCCUGCCACCGCGACAAUUUCUUCAACAAACUGUCGAUCUGACUCUGUAUCAUUCGGCUUGGGUAUUCAAGUUUCUUCGCUUCUGCGACGAGAAUAACAUUGGAAUAUAUGACCCAUUGGUGGGUCACUUGGUGGCUGUUGUUGCAACUAUACCAUGGCUGUUCCAGCGUGCGAUUGACCAAAAGAUUGCGCUUAAAGCAAAGGAUGAUUUUGCAUGGUGCAAGGAAUUCCUUCAAAGCCUUUCGACUACCUGGCCGCAUAUUGGACAUAAAACUCCAUUGCGGAGAACAACCCCCAGUCGCCCACCUCCAAAGGCAUAUCGAUCGUCUUUCAUCCACAUGUCUUCUGGUCAUUGGUUGAUCCCAAACUGA